CAAGCCUGGAAAAUUUUGCAGGGCAGUUUCACUGGACAGCUUUGCAGAGCUGUGCCAUUUGAAUUUCAGCACAGACCUCCGCACACUGUGCUCUCCAUUUCUGGCGUGUCUCCCAGCACAGAGUUUAGCUGAGGCUCGGGUUUAGUUUUCCCUCCUCUCUCUCCCUGCAGUGACAGCGUCCCCGGGGCUGUGCUAGCCAAGCGAUCAUGGAGGAUACUACUUUGCAGAUCAUCGAACCACCAACCGCUUCCGAGGCCUCGGAGGAGCAAACGCCCGAAGAACCCAUCAAAUCAGACCAGAUCAACGGCGUGAUGGUGCUGACCCUUCUGGACAAGAUCAUCGGGGCAGUGGAUCAGAUCCAGCUGACCCAAACCCAGUUGGAGGAGAGACAGCAAGAGAUGGAUAGCGCAGUGACCAGCAUCCAAGGAGAGCUAACCAAGCUGACCAAGGCGCACACCACCACCAGUAACACCGUGAACAAGAUGCUGGAAAAAGUGCGCAAGGUGAGCGUCAACGUGAAGACGGUUCGGCAGAACCUGGAGAAGCAAGCUGGGCAGAUAAAGAAGCUGGAGGCCAACGAAGCGGAGCUCUUGAAACGCAGGAAUUUCAAAGUCAUGAUCUACCAGGAUGAAGUGAAGCUCCCAUCGAAGCUGAGCAUCAGCAAGUCCCUGAAGGAGGGUGAGAAGCAAGAGAAGGAAGGCGAGGGUGAGGAGGUGCCGGCUGGCGAGGACCACGCGGAGGAGGAUCACAUCCAGCUCUCCUCGGAUGAGGAGGUGGAGAUCGAGGAGAUUAUCGAAGAGUCGAGGGCAGAGCGCAUCAAAAGGAGCGGCAUGAAGAGAGUGGAUGACUUCAAGAAGGCCUUCUCAAAGGAGAAGAUGGAGAAGACUAAGCUCAAGACCAAGGAAAACCUGGAGAAGACCCGCCACAACUUGGAGAAGACCCGCCACAACCUGGAGAAGAGGAUGAACAAACUGGGCACCAAGAUCGUGACUAACGAGAGGAGAGAGAAGAUGAAGACCUCUCGGGACAAGCUGCGCAAGUCCUUCACCCCCAACCACACCAUCUACGCCAGGUCCAAGACGGCCGUCUACAAAGUGCCGCCCUUCACCUUCCACGUCAAGAAGAUUCGGGAGGGCGAGGUGGAAGUCAAAGCCACGGAGCUGGUGGAGGUCGGCGGAGAGGAGGGAGAAAACUCGGAUCUGAUGCGUGGGGAGAGCCCCGAGAUGCACACGCUGCUGGAGAUCACGGAGGAGUCCGACGCGGUACUGGUGGACAAGAGUGACAGUGAGUAGCACCCGCGGCAGCGCGGAAGGGUUGCGGACGGACGGCUGACCACGGAACCAGUCACCUGCUGAGAUCUCUCCACGCCCCGGUGCCCCGGGGGAAAGUGUACACCAUGCCUCUUUACUACCCCGCAGAGCCGACGCCAAUCCCCUGCCUGCUAGGACGAGGUGUAUUUUAUAUUUUAGUUUUAGCACACAGGAACACUAGGAACAUGGGACUGUUUUUUGUUUUUUUUUUUUUUUUCUUACACACGUCAAAUCACCCUCGGAGACCAUUCCUGCCACAGGCUGCGUGAGAGCCUUCCAGCCACCGGCCCUGAAGACGAGCCCUGAGCGACGGGGACCCAGCUGGAGAGAGUGCUAAAACCAAGAUAAUACCGGCUGUACACCUGGAAAACCCAAGUGCCUCUGAGAGCAAAGCCCUGGCGUCAAGAAAGCUUCGUGCCAAGCCCCCUGCCCGGCCCACCGCACCCCAGCUCCCCGCACCAGGCUGAGCGGCCACCUCUGGGGGGAGACCCGAGCAAAUCCUGGGGGUUUGCAGAGCGAGGGCGAAGCUGUGCGAGCCCCGUGGCACGCAGGCGGGUCUGCUCCGCUCUCCCCUCCCGUGGCGGUGCCGGGACAGGCUCACCACAAAGCCACCACGUCCCCCAGACCCCUCCUGCCGCUGCUCCCUGCAGCGCUGCCCUUGCAGGGGCAGGGUGGGUGCACGCUCCCGUGCUUGGGGUAACGGGGCUGCCUGCCAAAACCCUCCCCGGGGCAGGGAGCACGCAGAGCUGGGGCGCUGCACCCCCCUUUUUUUGGGCAGCGAGGUGCCUGCUGGCUGGCUGGGGAGAGGGCGAAGGCAGGCGGCGGUGCUGGAGAACCCAGCAGCGGCUGCAAUUUGUUGCCAGAAGCCAUUUGGGGUGUGCCAGCGCCUCGACCAUCAGGGAGCAGCCCCGACACCUCGAGGAUUUCUCAGCCCCUGCUUCCUCCAGGGGUCCCGGCAGGGCUCAGGCUCAUUCCCUCCCCGUUUCCUGCUUCCCCACCGCUGGCUUCGCUCCGUCCCCCGCAGCAAGGCAGCGCUCGCAUCGCACCCCACACCUCCCGGGCACGGCACAGCCCCGGUUCCCCCGGGGCUGCCACGCUCCGGCUCUCACGCACGCAGCCAGCACUGUGGCAUCGCCCCGGCCCCGCAGGAGCCACGGGGAGGGCAGGAGGCCGCUCCCCCGGGGAGCCUGCGGACACACCGGGGCUGCUCCCGGCAGGCAGGGGAGGGAUGUGGGGGGCUGUGCUCGGCACCCCAAGCUCAGCACCUUCCUUCCCGGCCCGCUCCCCCCCCUCCCCAUGCAGCGGGGACGGCUGCCGCUGGCCCCACUAAAUAGAUAAACUUGCUUUUCCUCUCCGCAUCGUUUCCCCUCUUCUUGUCCGGUGCCCCCAGCCCCAUGGGGGGGUCCUGCCCUGCUGCCCCAAGGGGAUGAGACGUCUGCCCCAUGAGACCCCCGGGAUGCGGGGCUGGGGGGCGGCUGCGGGCAGGGGCCAAGGUGUGUGGGCUGAAUGGGGGCUGCGAGGUGAAGGCUCCCCCGUGGCAGUGGGAGCAAAGCAAAAGGCUACGGGCCCUACAAACCAACCGGCUCCUGGUCCUACAAAUCCACAGGCUCCCGGUCCUAAAAACCCAACGGGCUCCUGGUCCUAUAGUUCAACUGGCUCUGGGCCCUACAAACCAACUGGCUCCCGGUCCUACAAAUCCACAGGCUCCCGAUCCUACAAACCAAGCAGCUCCCGGCCCUACAACCCACCCGGUUCCGGACCCUACAGACCACCUGGCUCUCAGCCCUACAACCCAACCAGCUCCUGGCCCUACAACCCCCCCGGCUCCCCGUCCCACAUCAUCCCCAUCCCGGGGACCAGGACGGGCGGCCCCGCGUGCUGCUGCUCCCGCUGUGCCCACCGUGGGCAGCUCACCACCCCCACACUCCUCUCCCCAAAGCCCCAAUUAUUGCGUUUUUGGUUAUUUUUUAACACUUUUAUUAUUUUUUUUAACGCGUGCCCCCCCCUCGCCCAGGGGGGCUGCUGCCGCCUCUAACCGCUCCCUCCGGCUGCCUCCCGGCGAGCAGCCCCGCUAAUAAAGCUCUUUUCUACGA